GUGAGGCCCUGUUAGAGAGUAACACAGUGAUAGACUUUGUAUACUGCUCUCCCUCUCUGCGUUGUGUCCAGACUGCACAGAACAUCCUGAAAGGUCUGCAGCAGGACGGGAAGCUGAAGGUGCGAGUGGAACCGGGCCUUUUUGAAUGGACCAAGUGGGUUUCUGGAAGCUCCCUGCCUGCAUGGAUACCUCCCACGGACCUGGCUGCAGCCCACUUCAGUGUAGACACAACGUACAGACCUCUGAUCCCAAUCAGCAAGCUCUCUGUGUCUGAACCGUACGAGAACUACAUGAGCCGGAGCUACCAAGUGACCAAAGAUAUCCUGUCAGACUGCAAAAACACUGGAAACAACGUGCUGAUUGUAGCCCACGCUUCUUCCUUAGAGGCCUGCACACGCCAGCUGCAGGGCCGCGGCCCGCAGAGCGCCAAGGAUUUCAUCCAAGUAGUCCGAAAGGUCUGUUCGCUGCAUAUCUUCCAUCUGUCCAUCUGAUUUAUUUGUUUUUCUUUUACACACCCAACUUUCC